CUCAAGUAUGCCGAGUUUAUGAACCCGCCACCCCCGCCACCACCGCCGCCAUCGCAUUCGCAGCCUUUGCAUCCGUCGUCGUCAUCGUCAACAUCUUCGUCAGCCGAACCGUCGCCGCCGUCGCCACCACUGCCGAACAUGGCCGAUGCAGCAGCUUCACGCGAUGACGGUGCCGAAGAGAGCAGCGAGGCUCGUGAUGGCGGGCCGAUGUCGGCGGAUGGUGGAAACAAGCAGCUGCCGUCGCCGCCGCUGCCGCCGAGCGGAGCUCCGGCGGAUCUGGGGACCAACUAUGCGGCUGCCGAGUGCGGGGCGCGGGUGCUGUCUGCAGCCGAGCACGUGACCAACUCUGGCAACUUGCUCACUCCGCACCGCGACUCGUACCUGCUCGCCCCGUGCGAGCUCGGGUCGUGGGUGGUCGUCCAGGCGUGCGAUGAGAUCAACGUCCGCACCCUCGAACUAGGCUCGCUGGAGAUGUUCUCAUCGUUGCCGCGUGCGUUUGAGCUCUACGCCUCGGACAGCUACCCCGAGCCGAGCUGGGUUCUCAUUGCCCGGUUCGAGGCAGCGCCCAAGCGGGCCGUGCAGGUCUUCAACCUUCCGCCGUCGGCACCCGAGAUGUGGACAAAGUACUACAAGCUGGUCAUCACCUCGCACUACGGCUCUGAGUACUACUGUCCCAUCUCUAUUCUCCGACUCUACGGCACGUCGGUCCUGCAAGACUUUAAGGACGGGCUGGUCAACCACGCCGACGAUGACCUGCCUGUGGUGACUGUGGUCUCGCCGCCGGCCCCGCUCCCUCCGGCCGCUGUGCCCGUCGCCCCGGGCCCGCCGCCGAUGUCUCCUCUCGCUCCGCUAAGUCUUCCAGUCAACGCGCGCCCGCUGUCCCUCCGCCGCUGGCCGCUGCAUCACCCGAUGUGUGUGUGCUCGUUGUCGGCGGCAACUUGCGGCUGCUCGCCGUUCUCGCAACUGCAGCUGCCGGCUACAAACCCGGGUCCCGGCUCGCCGCCGCUCCUACCGGACGCCGCGAUGGCGUCGCCGCUUCCAGCACCGCCACCGCUUUCCAACAAUGCGAUACACCGUCCAGCAUCGACUCUGUCGCCGCCGUCCCCGGCUCCGGUGCCGUCGACUCCAUCGAUGCCGCUUCCGCCUCUCGACGGGCCGCCAACACCGCCACCGCCAUCACCGCCGCCGGCUCCGGUGCCGCCAGUCGAGACUGACCUGGAGACCGAACCGGCCCCAUCCCCGCAAGAGCCGGGCGGGCCGGCCUCGGGCUCGCCGGAUGUGCCUGUGAGCGACACUGGGUCGCCGCAGCAGCCGGCCCCGCCUCCACCGCCGCCGCCGCCGCCGAUGACGAUGCCAGAGCCCGGCGAGUCGACCGGCUCGGUCUUCAAGACGCUCGGCAAGACUGUCCGCGAGCUGCAGCGGCAGCAGACCAAGGCCUCGUUGUACCUGGAGAGCCUCUCGACAACAUACACUGUUGCGCUCGACGAGCUGCAGCAGUACCAGCGGACCCAGGACGCACGGAUUGCAGCACUGGAGGCUGCGCUCGCCGAAGCGACCGCGGCGCGGCUUGCGCACGCUUCCAAGCUUGCCGAGCUCCAGGCGCGGCUCGACAGUGCCGACGCGCUCCACCCAUGGCUCCGGCUCGGCCUCGAGUCGCCGGUCUCAGCCUCGGUUGUCGUCCUAGUUAUCGCCGUCUCGACCGCUUCCUGGGUUGUUCUCUGCGCCUCGCGCUCUCUCGGCUCGGACACGACGUCGCCGGUCUCGCCAUCGGCCGCCGCUCCACCACUUGCAUCUGCACGUGCGCGCGCCCGCGCCCGCGCCGCCCAUGGCGCCCACGCCGGCCACGCUCCCGCCACCACCGAUGCCGCCGACGGCGUCGUCGCCGUUAAAAAGGUGGCGUUUCAAGUGGAUGCGACUGUGGCCAACAUGUGCUCUGUUCUGACUUCCAAGUUUCAUCUGGUGGAAGAGGGCUUUGGCCUCUUCUUCCCGCCCUCGCAGUAUCGAACGUCAAAGUGGCUGAUGGCCAACAAGACGGCCGAGUUUUACGACUUGAAGAACGAUGAGCUGCUGGAGUUUCGUCUUCGCCAUCGCCCGCUCCGCGUGAGGCUGCCGGAUGGAGUGUACAAGACUGUGGUCAUUGAUGAGAACAUGGUGGUGGCUGAGAUGUGCAAGGCCAUCGGCGCCAAGGUCGGCAUCGACAACGUUGCCGAGUUUUCGCUCAAGAUCGAGGGCUCGUCGGCCGUCGAGUGGCUCUUGCGAAACAAGACCCUCAUCGACCAGGGCGUGGACGAGUCUGUGGCGCUCGAGUUUAAGCAGCGGCUGUUCUUUACCGACACCGAGGUGAACCUGAACAACCCGCGCGAGCUGCACCUGCUGUUUGAGCAGUGCCGCGAGUCGGUCCUGACCGGCAACGCGGUGUGCUCGUUCGAGGAGGCUGUCGAGCUUGCAGCCUACCAGCUCCACCUCACGUUUGGUGACUACGAUGCAGCAUCGCCGCCGUCGUUUGACAUUGGCGAGUACAUGCCGCCCGAGUACACCAAGCUGAAGAAGGCGAGCCGGCUGAUUCUGGAGGCAUACGCUGCGUGCGUGGGGACAAACAUGGAGCAGGCCAAGUACCAGUACGUCUCGGUCUGUCGCGGGCUCAAGACGUACGGCGUCACCUUUUCACCGCUACCGAGGCCGUGA